AUGGGGCCCGGGAGGGAGGGGGGAAGGGACAUAUUUGGUCAGAGGCUGGCGCGUCACGGCGCGGAGGAGGCUCCGUCGCCAAGUCGGAAGCGCGGGAGGCGCGUCACCCCGUGCGCUCCGGGCGCCUGCGGGCUGCGCCGCGAGGCCAGGGUGCGGGGCCCCGCCCAGGGCGCCUGGUCCCGCCCCGGCCCCGCAGGGGUCGCCAGGAGGCCCCCACCCGCCUCCAACCCAGACGCGGAACUCGCCGGGGCUGUGGAGCUGCUGCCGGCCUCGGCAGAAGCCACGGAGAGGAAAACUCCUGUCGUGCUCCUUCGGGCUGUUACCUCUCUCUAUUCCAACAUCAUCAUUCUAGAGGAUCCUCAGAAAAAAGAAGAUACAGCUUUCAGUGAUUGGUCUGAUGAGGAUGUGCCUGAUCGUACCGAGGUGACAGAAACAGAGCACACGGCUACCACUGUCACUCCUGGUGAUACCCCCUCUCCUCUGUCCUCUCUUCUUCCUCCUCCACCUCCUAUGGCUACUGCCACUGUGAUGGCUACUCCUGCUCUUGCCCCCACUGCUACUGCCAACACUGCCACCACGAUUUCCACCUCUGCCAAUACCACCAGUACUUUUGCCAAUGAGGAUUCACAUAGAAAAUGCCACAGAACAUGAGUGGAAAAAGUUGAGGCAUGUCAUGUUACUAUAGAGGACACCCCACAUCGCAAGCCAGUGGAUCAGAAGAGGAGUAGCAGCCUUGGGAGCAAUCGGAGUAAUCGCAGUCAUACAUCUGGUCGUCUGAGCUCACCAUCCAAUGACUCUGCCCAUCGAAGUGGGGAUGACCAAAGUGGGCGAAAGAGAGUACUGCAUAGUGGCUCAAGGGACAGAGAAAAAACAAAAAGCCUGGAAAUCACAGGAGAGAGAAAAUCGAGGAUUGAUCAGUUAAAGCGUGGAGAGCCCAGUCGAAGUACUUCUUCAGAUCGCCAAGAUUCAAGAAGCCAUAGCUCAAGAAGGAGUUCUCCUGAGUCAGAUCGACAGGUCCACUCAAGGUCCGGGUCAUUUGACAGCAGAGAUAGGCUUCAAGAUCGAGAUCGAUAUGAGCAUGAUAGAGAGCGAGAGAGAGAGAGGAGGGAUACAAGGCAGAGAGAAUGGGAACGGGAUGCCGAGAAAGAUUGGCCGCGGAACAGGGAAAGAGAUAGAUUGCGGGAACGAGAAAGAGAAAGAGACUUGGAUAGGGAAAGAGAGAGACUGGUUCCUGAUUCCAUUGAAAGGGAUAGGGACAGAACUUUUGAGAGUUCUUCUCAAAUAGAAUCUGUAAAACGCAGUGAAGCAAAACUGGACAAUGAACAUGAAAGAGAUCCAGACGGUAGUUCAUGGGACCCCGUAGCUUUGGAUAAAGAAAGAAUGGAUAAAGACCUGGGAUCUGUGCAGGGAUUCGAAGAUACCAGUAAAGCUGAGAGAACUGAGACUGUCGAAGGAGAAGAUGAGUCCAAGUUAGAUGAUGCACAUUCCUUAGGUUCUGGUGCUGGAGAAGGAUACGAGCCAAUCAGUGAUGAUGAACUGGAUGAAAUUCUGGCAGGGGAUGCAGAAAAGAGGGAAGAUCAACAAGAUGAGGAGAAGAUGCCAGAUCCAUUAGAUGUAAUUGAUGUAGACUGGUCUGGUCUUAUGCCAAAGCAUCCAAAAGAACCACGAGAACCUGGGGCUGCACUCCUAAAAUUCACACCUGGAGCUGUUAUGCUGAGAGUUGGACUUUCUAAAAAGUUGGCGGGUUCUGAACUUUUUACCAAAGUCAAAGAAACAUGCCAGAGACUUUUAGAAAAGCCCAAAGAUGCAGACAAUCUGUUUGAACAUGAAUUGGGGGCUCUCAACAUGGCUGCAUUGUUACGAAAAGAAGAAAGAGCAAGUCUUCUUAGUAAUCUCGGACCGUGCUGUAAAGCUCUGUGCUUCAGACGAGACUCUGCCAUCCGCAAGCAGCUGGUUAAAAAUGAGAAGGGUACUGUAAAACAAGCUUACACAAAUGCUCCAAUGGUAGACAACGAAUUAUUACGAUUGAGUCUUAGAUUAUUUAAACGGAAGACUGCUUGCCAUGCCCCAGGACACGAAAAGACUGAAGAUAAUAAACUGUCACAGCCCAACAUCCAACAGGAACUGUGUGUAUCUUAAGACUGAUAUUCAGUAUAUUUUUGGUACUACCCUCCUGCAGCAG